GCCUCCGUAUCUCAAAUAUCAGCCUCUACUAGUUGUACAGUUCUCCUUUAUUUGAUAUCAGAGAGCCCAAUGGAGCCUUCUGAAGAACCUAGUCAGAUUAACAAAGAUAACUUUUUAGAAGUUCCUCAUUUAUUUGAUUCUCCUUCUGAAGAUGAAGAAGUUAAAGCUAACUUCAAGCCUGGCUUCUCCCCUCAGCCUAGGCGACGGGGUUCUGAUUCUUCGGAAGACAUGUACCUGGACACUCCAUCGUCAGGUGUGAGGAGAGUUUCCUUUGCUGACACCUUUGGAUUCAAUCUUGUAUCUGUCAAAGAAUUUGAUUGCUGGGAUUUACCAGGUACUUCAAACAAUUUUGACUUAAGGAAGGACGUUUUCUACCCAGAAGAUUAUGUUUUAUCUCCACUAUUUGACUUACCUUCUUCAAAAGAAGAUCUUAUGCAACAACUUCAAACACAGAAAGCGAUACUGGAGUCAGCCAAGUGUCUUCCCGGCUCUACAUGUAUGAAGGGCAUUAUUCGAGUUUUAAAUAUUUCUUUCGAGAAGUUAGUAUAUGUGAGAAUGUCCUUAGAUGACUGGCAGACACAUUAUGACAUUUUAGCAGAAUAUGUCCCGAAUUCUUGUGAUGGUGAAACUGACCAAUUCUCCUUUAAGAUUUCAUUGGUUCCUCCUUAUCAAAAAGAUGGCAGUAAAGUUGAGUUUUGUAUACGUUAUGAAACUUCUGUUGGUACAUUUUGGUCAAACAAUAAUGGCACAAAUUAUAUAUUACUUUGUCAAAAGAAAGAACAAGAGCUGAAGUCUGAAAAACCUCGGGAAGAAGUUCCUAAUAGNAAAGGUCAGGUAAUAGAAACUCAGUUGACAUUGAGAUGGAAUCUGCAUGAAGAAAGAGGAACACAUACAUAUUUUAAAUCACGUAUGCUUAAAUAUAGUGCAUAA